GGGCGCCAAGAGCCGCCGUGAAGAUUUCGGGCUAGGCUGCUUAGCGUUGGUCAAGUGCGCAUCCCCUCUUACCACCGGACUCGAUCCUCCCCGGCAAGAUCCUCGAAACACCUGCGCUUCUUCGUCGAAUCUCCCAGAAGCCACAGAUUGCGCUCACUGGGAUCUGCCGUUGUCCACCGUGGCUUGCACCGCCUGGCUGGACCUCUCGAAUCCUACAUGCACGCUUUUCGUCGUCGAUAACGUUUGGCCAAGGGAGCUUGAAAAAUUCACCAAGGUACUUUGUUGGUCGUGAGCCCGACGCUCACCAAGCAACUCUUCUCGCCGGGCAGGUCCCAAGCGGCCCUGUCCGUGGGAUAUACGGAGGUUUAGGGUUGUCAAGGCUCGCCGCAGGGUUAUUUGCGGCAUAGUGAUGGCAGUCGUUGCUCCACGCGCACCGUCGAUUUCGAACCAUUCUCGUCUUCCAUCUGUCGCCAACACCCACGCGACACUAGUGAACGGACAGGCACAGCAUCCCGUUCCCUCGACGGCCGCAGGCAGUCCCAAGCCGGUCAUGUCAUCAACAGCAAUGGCAAAAAAAUCGAAGGGAAAGAAGGUCGCAGACCCCAACGAGACCUCGAAGCUGUUGGCAGCCAAGAUCUCGCAGUUGGAACAAGAUGCGGCCGGGGAAAAGGACCAGGAGGCUGAGAUCGAACGGGAAGUAAAGAAGGCGACCAGAGAUCUUAACCAGCUGCUCAACAAUAUCGAGUCGCCAAUGACACGCCUCGAAACCGUCCACAAGAAGUAUACGGAGCUAUUGGCGGAUAUGAAGAAGCUAGACCGUGAUUAUGCAAAGAGCAAGAAAAGAGCCGAUCAACUACAGAAAGACCAAGAUAAGGGAAAAUCGGAGUUAAAUAAGACGGCUACUAUGAAGGACAAGUUGGAGAAGCUGUGUCGCGAACUUACAAAAGAGAACAAGAAAGUCAAAGAUGAAAAUAAAAAACUCGAAGAAACUGAGAAAAAGGCACGGACUAUUGUCAAUGAGCGGCUGGAUUCGUUGUUGUACGACAUCCAGGAUGUCAUGGCUUCCAAAGGCAAUCCUCGCAACGAGAAGGUGGAUAUCGAUUUGGACGAAGCACUGCGUGCCAAGAUUAAAACUAUCGGCGAAAAAUUCGAGAUGCGCGAGCUCCAUUAUAAAGCACUUCUGCGUAGCAAGGAUGCGGAAAUUCAAAGCUUGACUGCGAAGUACGAAGAACAACGUCGGACGGCGGAAAAUGAAGCUGCUCGAUGCCGCGCUUUAAGUUCGCAAGUAUCGACUUUCUCGCAUACCGAAGCUGAACUUCGCAGUCAGCUGAAUAUUUACGUGGAGAAGUUCAAGCAGGUUGAGGACACCUUAAACAAUAGCAACGAACUGUUCCUGACGUUUCGCAAAGAGAUGGAGGAAAUGUCGAAGAAAACAAAACGCCUAGAGAAGGAGAAUCUGACUCUGACCCGCAAGCACGACCAGACGAAUCGAAAUAUUCUUGAGAUGGCCGAGGAGCGGACUAGAAAUCAUGAGGAACUGGAAAAAUGGAGAAAAAAGAGCAACCACCUCGAGGCGCUUUGCCGUCGCAUGCAGGAGCAAGGUCGAGGUCAGGCUUUGACUGGCGAGCUGGAUGGCGACGACGAAGGCACUGAAAGCGAGUACGACGAAGAUUACGAAGAUGAGGAAGAUGACGAGGUAAUCAGCGAUGAAGAAGAGUACGAGCUCGACAAUGGAGACCGUGAGGUUAUGGAACAUCAGCAUGAGAAGCCCGUCUUUGGACCGCCACCUCCUCCUAACCUCGCGGAGGCGCGUGCAAACGGUACCAAGCCCGUGGUUAAUGGAAUUAGCCAUUGACUAUUUGGAGGCAACGAGUAAAACGAGGUGCUGGGCAUUGACAGAGAUGUCGAUGCCAUCAUGCUAUGUCUUUCUGCAACAAGCCAUGUCCACCUAACCUGUCAACACGAGAAUUGUACUAUAACCGUGUUUUUCAGUACUAGGUACUCUGUCUUUGAUGAAAGUAUGAUUGAACCAAGAAAUUGGAACACUCGUCUCUGCAGUCUUUCGGACAGAGUACCUGGUGGAUACCUGUUCUCA